UCUCUCUCUCUUAUCUCUCUAAGCUUUUAUCUUUUGUGUUCAUAUAUAUUUGUGUGGCUAUACUUUGGAUCUUCUUGGUGUUUCCAAGCAUAUGGCUACUGAACCAUAUUGGAGGAGAAAAGUAGCUACCUACCUAUACAUACAGGAUCUCUCUCUAAAAUCCUUCAGAAAAAACAAAAAUUGUCUCUAGGGUUGGAGCCAAACAAAUUUAUGUAAGAAACAAUCAAGAUCCUGAACACUUCUCACCCUCAAUCAGAAAAAUCAAGAGCCUUAUAUACGGGGGACCUAAAGAUGCAAGCUUCCUAAUAAUCCAAAAGUUUUGGUACCCAACAAAAAGAUGAUGCUCUUCCAUCAACAACAAUCACAGCAGCUGGUCGAUGAGAACAUUUCUAAUCUUACUUCAGCAUCAGGUGAAGCUGCUAGUGUCUUAUCUGGCAACAGAAAUGAAAUUGGUACCAGAUUUUCCCAACAGUUUUUUACCACACCACCACAAGCUCAACCAACUCUCAAAAAGAAGAGAAAUUUACCAGGCAAUCCAGACCCAGAUGCAGAAGUGAUAGCCUUGUCCCCCAAGACACUAAUGGCAACAAACAGGUUUAUCUGUGAGAUCUGCAACAAGGGGUUUCAGAGAGACCAGAAUCUACAGCUUCACAGAAGAGGGCACAAUUUGCCAUGGAAGCUCAAGCAAAGAACAAGCAAGGAGGUGAGGAAGAAGGUAUAUGUGUGCCCAGAAGCCAGCUGCGUCCACCAUGACCCUUCAAGGGCUCUUGGGGAUUUAACUGGGAUCAAGAAGCACUUUUGCAGAAAGCACGGUGAGAAGAAGUGGAAAUGUGACAAGUGCUCAAAGCGGUAUGCGGUUCAAUCGGACUGGAAAGCUCAUUCCAAAACCUGUGGUACUAGGGAGUAUAGAUGUGACUGUGGAACCCUUUUCUCGAGGAGGGAUAGUUUCAUCACUCACAGAGCCUUCUGUGAUGCUUUAGCAGAAGAGAGUGCAAGAGCCAUCACCUCAGCAAACCACCCUCAUCAUCUUCUCAUCUCUCAGCAGCAACCACAGAUGAAUCUUAAUCAAGUGCAAUUAGGGCACCAAUUCAAUCAAGACAUCCAUGGCUUUUCACUGAAAAAAGAGCAGCAGAGUUUUACAACCCUACGGCCAGAUUUACCACCUUGGCUGGGCCCACCAAACUGUACCAUUGACCUCUCCUCAUCCUCCUCACUCUUCUCCCCAACCCACCACCAAGAUUUAUCCCUCCAUGAUUCCCACAAUGACACAUCCCAAAACCCUAACCCCAGCUCACUCCCACCCUUCCAGCCUGCGCCUUCCCCACACAUAUCAGCCACUGCAUUGCUACAGAAGGCAGCUCAGAUGGGUGCAACCAUGAGCAGCAAGAACAGUACUACUGCUGCUACUACUUCAGAAGCAGCUGCAACCUCUGCAUCUCCACAACCCAUGGUGAGGGCCCACCAGCACAACCCGGGUCACGUGUCUGAUUUUGCUGCAGCAGGGGCCAAUGCUAUUCCUGGCACAACUGGUCCUGCUGUCUCAAGUGUUCAUCAUCACCAUCAAAAUCAACAUCAACAAGCUUCUCUGCUCCAUGAUAUGAUGAACUCCUUGUCAUCCGGAACUGGGUUCGAAGGGGCUGCUUUUGAGCUGGAGCCUUUCGGGUCCAUCCCCAACAUGUUGAACAACAAUGCGAAAAAAGACUCGAACAAUUUGACCCAUUUCAACGUUAGCGGCAGUGACGAAGGCGGUGGAAACGGUGAAGGUUUGACCCGAGAUUUCUUGGGACUGAGAUCACUGUCUCACAGUGACAUUCUGAAUAUUGCUGGUCUUGGAAACUGCGUCAAUACUGCUAAUGCUCCUGCUACUACUGCUUCCCGUGACUACCAAAAACCUUGGCAAGGUUAAGCUAGCUCUUAUAUACGGAUCAUGACUAAACAUUUAUUUUCGUUUUUCACUUGAAUAUAAUUUUGAGUUGUUAAUUAUAUAGUUCGUUUCUCUUUUGUUAAUUACUCUCUUAAGACUCGAUCUUCUUCCCGAAGGGAAAUUAAGGGCCUCGUAAACUUGAUGAAAUGCCAACAUUUUGAUGGCU